ACAAUCAGCAAAAUUGGCAGCAUAAAAACACUCGAGAUUCUGCACAACUUUUCCUUUCGGGUUUUUGGAUUUCCCAAAAAGGGCCUCCGGAAAAGAUUCCCGAUGCCUGAGGCCGUGCGAUUUUCCACGAGUCUUCUGUCGGUGCUGGACGGUCGAGUGUAGUGUGUUUUCGGAGUCCUCCGGUGUUGUCUCUACGCGCGACGGUGUUUUAUCAGUGCGUGCCGUGCGACUAUCGCCAGAGAAGAAUGCGGUGGACGCAGGUGAAGCUGCACUUUAGUGGAAUUAUCUAGUCAUAUUGUGCGGGAGUGUUGCGUUUGCAGAAAAAGAAGAGGAUCUGAACAACAGAAGCACAGGCUGUCUUGGUUUUAGCUUCGCAGGACAUACGCAUACGUGUGCAGGCAGAGGCACCGUUGGCAUAGGCAACGCUCUUCCUCAACCAUCAUCAAUCGUGCAGCUGUAAAAUGGGUAACUCAAGUACAAAGUUGGCGGAGAAAUGCUCCCUCCUGGCCAAGAGCGAGGUUCCAGUUGUCGCCAGCUCCUUCAAACUAGUCAGCAAAAACUCGGAACGCAUUAAGGAAGAUGAUCUCAUGAAAUUCUGGGGCUCGCAGAUGGAUCCCCGGUUGGCGCAGUAUAUCACCAACUUUCUGUUCGGUCCGCUCGGCUCGCGGUCGCCGGUCGUCGAGUUCCAGCGGUUCGCGGAGCUGUACGUAUUCUGCGUACGAGGCACAAUCGAUGAGCGGAUCAACGUGCUGCUGUGCAGCCUCGGUCAGCAACCCGAGCAGGAGUCCACCGAAAUUGCAUAUCCGCUUAUCAAAGAGUACGUUGAGGCGGUAGUGAGCAGCUAUAUGCGAGCGAUACGUCUGGAGGGUGGUCCACAGUACAAGUCUUGGGAAUCGCGUGGCUUCCGCAUAGUGAAAGAUUGCAUACAGAAGCUUGCGGAAAGUUUGGCGUACGAUGUGGUUCAGCAGGGAACACAAAAGGUGACUCGAUCCGAUGCCGAACGGUGGUUGCACAAAAAUCCCACCUUUCUCAAGAUGCUGGAACACGUGUUCGCGCACCUGUACCACUAUCGGAACGUGAAGAACGCCUCGGAGGCGGAGGCCAAUGCACGAAAAAGCAUUAUCCCGCAGGAGGCACUACAAUCGAUGCUACCGUACUGCGAGGGUCUCCAGUACGUGCCGGACUAUCCGGCGUUCACCGAUCUGUCGCAGAUGCUGUUCAUCAAUACCAACCUCCCAGAUGCACAGCGAAAUAAGUGGCGCUUCCUGUUCUCUUCCCAAAUACAUGGCGAAAGUUUCUCCACCUUGCUGGGGCGCAUUAUGGAUCAGGGCCCGACGGUGGUGAUAGUGGAGGAUGCAAAUGGCUAUAUCUUUGGUGGUUACGCGACCGAUUCGUGGGCCCUCAGCCCUAACUUUGUCGGUAACGAGAACUCGUUUCUCUUCACCUUGCGGCCAAAGAUGCGGUGCUUUCCUAGCACCGGCUUCAAUGAUCACUACCAGUACUUAAAUCUUCAUCAGCAAACGAUCCCAAACGGAAUGGGAAUGGGAGGUCAGCAUAACUAUUGGGGCUUCUGGCUGGAUUGCGAGUAUGGCAUUGGAGAGUGUUCAGAAUCUUGCACGACGUACAAGGGCUACCUGCAGCUUAGCGCCACCAAGAAAUUCAACGUGAGAAACGUCGAAGUAUGGGGUGUCGGUGACAAACCGGUUAAGGAGGAUGAGGGCGAGGACGAAAAAUCCGGUGCCCGGUCUAUUCUCGAUGGAAAUGCGGACAGCAAGGCCAUCCUGAAAAUGAGCGGUCGCGAGCAGUACUCGGAUGGGUACCGUGAGGAACCGAAGGACUAAAGUUUACGCAAGCACGCCAGAAAGAAGAAGUGUUUUGUGCUGGGACGCUCGAUGGAAAUCAAUUUGGUGGAUGUUACCGAUACAUUCAAUUUCAAUUUUCUGUAAUCGAGACGAGUUGCAGGGUGGACGAAGCACAAGAGAUUAAUACAAUCAGGCACAAAUCCGGUAGACCGCGUCGGUUCCGGGUUUAGUCUUCUUCGAUCGUAGAGCAUUAAGAAGAUAAAGUCUGACUAGGUUUCUUCCUGCCCACGGCUGUUUUGGUUUAGAUGUCUCUUUCUCUUUGUCUGUCUCUACUUGUGACGGGGAGUUUUUUGCUGCCCGAUUGUACUCGAAGAACAAAGCAACAACACCAAGAGCACAGCAACAUACAUCCACUAUCCAUCCAACUCAACCAGCAUCAAUCACUGUGCGCUUCAUCUGGCGUGAAGAUUGGACACAUUUGAACAAACUUUAGGCACAAUUUGGAUGCCAUAGACACGAUUGUAUAAUCUCUUACCUACCUGGCUCACUACGGCAGCACUAAUCACAAAACAGCAUGGAGCAUGUAGUUUCUAUGUAGUAUCAAAGAUACACGUAGUGGAGAGAAGUAAUACUAAGUAAAGCAAUGGGUAAAGCCGUAAAACACAAUAAUAUACAAUUGUGUUGACGUGUAAGAAGAGAAAAGAACAACAGCAAACCGCUUAUUGGUAAUCGUAAGUGAAUUUAGAUGAAACUGAGACAAAUGAUACCUUUAACGUUAUAGGGACAGAAAGCACAGUCCAAGCUCUAGUAAGAAACGUGAUUCGCGGAGUCUACCGGCAGCGCGACAUGCAUGCAUCUAUUUAUCAGUGUUGAUUGUGUGUUCCAUAUUCUGUUCAUACCGGUUCAGCCACCCAAGAGCCUAAAGCAAAUCAGCUUUAGCUUUGUGGCACUGGACGUUAUCUUUUUGUUUUUGUUUUUCAUGGAGUGUGCCAUAGGAAUUCGUACAGCAGCUAUACACAGGACCCUGAAUCAUGGUUAUUAGUUCCGGAAGAAAGUUUAAAAACAUAGACCAAUGCACAACAUGCUUCUCUCCCAACCAGAGUCGUGUUUAGUGAGCUUUUAAUUCAACGUAAAGGUAUCCCACAGUGGGAAAUAUUGAUUCUAUUCGAUGUAAUGUGUAUGUUGUUGAACCUCGGUGUGUUUGUAAUAUUAUAUUGCUACACAUAAGAUUAUUGUUGAAUGAAGGCACGGCAGAUAAUGUGGAUAAACGUGGAAAUAAAGUUCUUAACUCCGGACCCUAGUGUACG